UCGAGAAACCAACGUUCACAUAACAACUGACGUCACCUCGUCUCCUUUUUCCUUCCCUUUUCCUACCCUUUACACAUGUAUACGAAUACAAAUUCUUACAAAUCAUGAUGCAUUCCCAAUUUCAAUUUCAAUUAUAGCAGCAGCACGGCCUAAACAAUUUUCUAAUGAUCUUUCUGAUCGUCAUGAACCACCAAUCAGAAGAAAAUCCCAAACAACUACUUCACGGCGACGGCGGUGAUAAUGACGGUGCCGGCGGAAUGGCCAACCAUCCUCCGAUCAACUUCGCCACCGUCGAAGAUCGAAUUUAUAGAUCCGGAUUUCCUAAACCUGCCGACUUCCCUUUUCUCCAAACCCUAAACCUCAAAUCUGUCAUAUGUUUGUGUACUGAAUCAUAUCCAAAAGAGAAUUUGGAUUUUUUGAAUUCUAAUAAUAUUCGCCUCUUUCAAUUUGGUAUCGAUGGCACUAAGGAUGCACCCAUUCCCAAGAGUAUUAUUACUGAAGCUUUGAAGGUCUUAAUUGAUGUCAGAAAUCAUCCUGUUUUGAUACACUGCAAACGUGGAAAACAUCGAACUGGGUGUUUUGUUGGCUGCUUGAGGAAGCUACAGAAUUGGUGUUUGUCUUCAGUUUUGGAGGAAUACAAGCUUUAUGCAGGCGAAAAAUCAAGAGAAAUGGAUUUGAAAUUUUUAGAGACGUAUGAUGUCACAUACCUAAGACAGUGUCUUCAUAGCAUCAUUUAUCAGUAUCAUGGAUACGGUUUUAAGAAGAGACGUUUGCUCUACACAGAAGAUGUUCAGCAUAAACCACGAAUCAGCUCUGUUUAGGCCAAAUCAUCGUCCUUAUAACAGACUUGUCGUGCAUUCAUUGUUUUUUUUCUUUUUUGACCCAGCAACGUUUUUUCCUUUCAUUCUGGUAGGACAUUGUGUAGUGUUGGUUCAAAUAUAAAAACCUCAACAACAUUUAUAUUGGUUUCUUACUCAGUUUCGUUGAGGGAACUUAUCUAGUGUUUUAGAAAGAUAUAUACGUGUACAUAGUAUCGCUUAUAGGGAAGAAAUAGCACGAAAAGUAUUAGUUGGCUAUGCUAUAGUCCCGAGAGCAACCGUCUGUAAAUUAGGACUCCAUGUCUGUCAAAUGUUUGAUCCUGUAAUUCGUGAGCAAUAUUCUGAUGUAAUAUUCUGCAUUGCUGGAAUAGAAAGAAAAAUUGAAAUCA